AUGGUGGAAGAGGACCUAUCCAAGCUAUGGGAAGGGCUCAACUUGAUUGAGGUAGAAGAACAGCUAGUAAAGGUCUUAGACCAUGACAUCCUAGCUGCAGCUCAAAGAGGAAUAAACUGCCUGAUGGCUAAGGUCAUCACCGAAAGGAAUUUCAACAAGGAGGCAUUUCGUUCCACCAUGCCUCAGUUAUGGAGAAUAGAAGGAGGCGUGACAUUCACAGAGAUAGGUGAGAGUAGCUUCAUGUUGGAGUUUGAAAAGUGCUCAGACAAAGAGAAGAUUAUUCAAGGAAGGCCAUGGACUUUUGACAAGAACUUAAUAGGUAUCCAAGACAUUGACAAUAGCCUCCCCCCUAGUGCAGUAAGUUUUUCCCAUGACCCUUUUUUGAUCCAACUCCACAAUAUCCCCUUCAUUGGAAUGACGGAAGAUUAUGGUAAGCAAAUUACCUUAGCAAUCGGGAGAGUCAUUAAAGUAGAGGUGGACAAGGAGGGUCAAGGCUGGGGAAGAUGCUUGAGAGUGCAAGCAGAGGUAGAUAUUACUAAAACUCUGGUCAGAGGGCGAUGGAUACAGGCAGGGGUGAGGAAACUCUGGACAGUAUUCAAGUAUGAACAGCUACAGAAAUUCUGCUUCAGAUGUAGUGUCAUCAUGCACCAAGGAAGGGUCUGCCCUCACUAG